AAUUCCCAAGCCAACUGAGAGAAAGAAACCAUGAGAAUCCAUUAUCCCACUCACCACCGAUCCAAGUCCGGCACCGACCCCGACGACCCGGACCCGACCCGGGCCAUAAUGUCCGGUCCGGGCAUGACCGUGGGCGGCCCGCUGCGCAAGAAAGGCAUGGGAGUCAAGCCGUGGCUGCUCCUCGACUCCAACGGCCAAGCUCAGGUAGUUGAGGUCGGAAAACACGCCAUCAUGCGCCGCACGGGUCUACCCGCCCGGGACCUCCGGAUCCUCGACCCGCUCCUCUCGUACCCGUCGACGGUGCUCGGUAGGGAGAGAGCGAUCGUGAUUAACCUGGAGCACAUCAAGGCCAUCAUUACUGCCCAGGAGGUUCUGCUGUUGAAUUCCAGAGACCCGUCGGUGAUUCCGUUCAUCGAUGAGCUUCAGGAGAAGCUCUCACGCCAUAGCCAAGCCUCCAAGGCCAUGAAAGCUCAGGAGGGGAAUGGCGAAGAGUCGAAAUGGUGUGACUUGGAGGAGGCCGAGGCGCAUUUACGAGGCGUUAAUGCCGCUGGUGGUGCUGGUGGUGGUGCUCAGGGAGGGGAAGCGAGUGGGAAGCAAGGUCAGGAGGAGAAUCGUGAAGGAUUGAAGGUGCUUCCUUUUGAGUUUACGGCAUUGGAGGCGUGUCUUGAAGCCGCGUGCAGUUGUUUGGAGUGUGAGGCGAGGACAUUGGAGCUGGAAGCUCAUCCGGCUUUGGAUAAGCUCACGUCAAAGAUUAGUACACUCAAUUUGGAACGUGUGCGUCAGAUCAAGAGUCGGUUGGUGGCUAUUACAGGUCGUGUGCAGAAGGUGAGGGAUGAACUAGAACACUUGCUAGAUGAUGAUGACGAUAUGGCUGAAAUGUAUUUAACGGAAAAGUUACAACUUGAAAAUUCUACUACCUCAUCUUUGACUGAGAGAGAUGAUAUGAAUGUUGAAGGUCCACAAGCAGAUAUAGAUGACAGGAAUCUCGCUGAUAUAUCAUUGGAUGCUACUGGGGAAUCCUUGAAUUUUGAAGGAGAUCUUCGAAACACUGAUGACCCCCAGCAUGAAUCCCUGGACAUACAUGGCACUCAUACUAGCAGCACUCGUAGUGUUACAACUGGCAAGAAUCUUGAUGUCGAGGAGCUUGAAAUGCUCUUGGAGGCAUAUUUUGUGCAAAUUGAUGGUACACUAAACAAGUUAUCCACGCUGAGGGAGUAUGUUGAUGACACUGAGGAUUACAUCAAUAUAAUGUUGGAUGACAAACAGAACCAUCUUCUGCAAAUGGGUGUAAUGCUGACAACAGCAACCCUGGUAGUUAGUGCCUUUGUUGUUGUGGCUGGUAUUUUCGGUAUGAAUAUUAAAAUUGACCUGUUUGAUGAAGCCAAAGCGGGAAUGCGAGAGUGGUUGUGGACUAUUGGUGGCAGCACUAUAGGGUCCGUAGUCUUGUACAUAAUUGCUAUCGUAUGGUGCAAGUAUAAACGCUUGCUGGAGUAGUGAAGGUUGGAUCAGGGUUCUUUUAUAAACAGGAAAGGUGCUCAACAAGUUGUUGUGGUAGACAUCCUCUAUGUAGACAGACAUGAUUCUAUACAGCGUACUUCCUUAUUUAUGAUACACAAUGGAAACAUGCAUGGAAUAAAAUUCAGCACUGGCACUGCUCUUCAAUUUUCAAUGGAGUAACAUCUCUGGUGAUUCCGAAAUCCCUGGUCAUGAGCUGGAGUACUAGACUACUAAUCAAGAAAUUAGAAGCUCUGCAUUAGAAUCGAGGACAAGCUUAACAGAAGCUUUGAUGACUUGGGAGAGCUGAACUGAACUUGCAACCUACGGUCUAAAUAGACGAAUCAUAUGCAGCGUACCGUACACAGUUGCUGAACUCGAAUGAGUCGAGUCUGCAUUUGUUCUUGAUAAUGCGUUAUAAGUAUAUGACUGUAUAUGUGUAUGUACUUUCCAAAUCUCAUGUACUUCUCAGAUCACAGUACAGUAAAUGUGUAUGUACUUAUCAUACAACACUACAGCAUGUUGUGUAGGUACUUGAACUUGAGAUAUGGUAAAUUGUGGUUGAAG